CAAUGCUGCGCCUAGAAAUUGAAUAGAGGUGCAUUCCUCCCAAGGAUUCGCAGAGCUCUAAAAGUUCCGAAGAGGUGGUCAAAGAAGUGUGGACGAAAAGGGAGCUGCUUUGAACGCUGCUCCUGCUGCCUUUGAGGACAAUGCAUUGGAUCUAGGGGCUGGCAUUUUAAGGGGAACCCUGUUAAGAGAGCUUUUCACUUCAAAGGAGGUUUGCUCGCCACCCCUAAAGCUCCUGACCUUACCACUCUCCUCCCGUGCCGACCCUCCACCCUCUAGCCUCCCCAAUGGCGUCGUAUUUGGACAAGGGGACCGUCCGCUUCAUCCUCUUGGCGGCCCUCUUCGCUUUCCUGCUCCAAGCGCGACCCCCCCAGCAGGAAGUGGACCCCUUUGAGCGCCCGGUCGGUUGGUUCCCGGGCGCCUCACACCCCAGCAACCGCUCUACACGCGGUUUGCAGGAAGCAUUCCCCCAGCUUGUCACGUCAGUUGGCAUCACUUGCGGGGAGCCAGCAGGCACGGUCUAUGUCGCGUCAGACGGCCGCACGUUUGUCAGCGACCUGAACUACCUCGCCCCAGGCACGGACACUGAGCAAAACAUCGGCGACUUCAGCUUCACGGACGGGUUCGAGAUCCAAGGCGCGUUCGACCAGGGUCUGUACGUGAGGGAGCGCUUCGGCCCUGUCGUGUACAACUUCCCAAACCUGGAGAACGGCGUGUAUGAGAUCACGCUCUACGAGACGGAGGCCUGGUACACAGAGCCGGGGAAGCGCAUCUUCGCCGUGUACGUCGAUGACACGCUCAGCACCGCGAGCAGCGUGGACCUGUUUCUGCAGUCGGGGGGGGCAAGAAUGGCACUGGACCUGACCCUCCAGCAGUCGGUCUUCGACAACGAAAUGGUCAUCUCCCUUCAGCCUCUGGUUGACCAGCCGAAGAUAAACGCCAUCUGGCUGCAGAAGGUGGGAGAACUAGGCACGGUGCCUGCUCCCGAAACAGCCACCCCUGCCCCGACAGAAGAAACGGUCGCGGAGCCCUUGCACUACGUCAGCUCCAUCGGGAUCAACUGCGGCGAGCCCGUCGACUCGGAGCCGUACUUCGACUCCGACGGGCGCAAGUUUGUGAGCGAUGAGCCGUACUACAUGGAGGGCACCGGGAUCGGCGUAAUGAACUUCACCGAGCAAACACUUGACGGCACGUACACCGUCCAAGGCACCAACGACGCGCCGCUUUACACGUUGGGGCGGUUCGGCCCGAUCGUCUACCAGAUGCCGCCGCUCGAGGACGGCGCGUACUGGAUCACCUUUUACGCCUCGGAGGGGUACUGGACCGCCCCCGGGCAGCGCGUGUUCAACGUGUCGAUCAACGGCCAGCCGACGGAGUGGAGCUUCGUGGACUUGAUCACGAGGGGCGGAGGCCCCAUGAACAACGCCAACUUCGGUACCUUCUACUCGGUCAAGAACCACAAGAUGGCGAUCGAGUUCAUUCCCAUCAUCGACUGGCCGUACAUCAACGCAAUCUGGGUCCAGAAGGUCCGCGAGCUGACCCCCGAGGAACUGGCCCCCACUCCGACAGAGACAAUUGCCGCACCCCAAGCCACGGCGGCGCCGGUGGUGACCCCUGAACCGGAACUCUCUACCCCCGCCCCGGAGAUGGAGAACCCUACCCUGGCCCCCGAACUCUCUACCCCAGCCCCAGAGCUCCCUACCCCUGCUCCUGAAAUCCCCACCGAUGCACCAUACUUCCCCACCCCAGAAGCAGAACUCCCUACCCCCGAGCCAGAGCUCCCUACCCCUGAACCAGAGAUGCCCACUCCAGAACCAGAGAUGCCUACCCCCGAGCCAGAGCUUCCCACCCCGGCACCUGAACCCCCCACGCCAGCACCAGAAGUCUCGACGGAGACGCCAGCGGCAGGGGAGGGCACGGGGAGUGCUGUGGACCAGACACCGUCAGCGCCGAUGUCAGAGGAGGGCCAGAACAUGCCCGUGUCGCAGUGGAUUCUGAAGGGGCUCCCCAUCAGCUUCUACUCCACCCUCGUGUGCACUGCCGUUGCGGGGCCCAUCGCCGAGCUCUUUGGUUACAAGACCGUCGUGUCUAUUGGCGCGUUUGCCCGGGUGCUGAUCCAACUGGUCUUGCUGUUCGGCAUGCCCCUGGCCGCCGCCCAGAUCCAGUACGGCAUCGGUGCCGCUGCUGACGUCAUCUUGGUGGCCUUCCUGUUCCUCCACGUGGCCGAGCGCCACUUCCAGCUAGCAACGAGCGUCGUCGUGGCCGCGAGCGCGCUCGGAGUCGUCGGAGCUGCCGCAAUCAGCCAGCUGAUGCAGUUCUUUAUGCCGGACGUCCUAAUCCAAUGGCUGCCCCUGGGAUCGAUGCUCCUCGCUGCGUUUGUGGCCUCGCUGCUACCCCAGGACCCGGUCCGUGACGAAAUGGACCGCACUAAGGGCGACCGCAACAACUCCGCACGCCUGCCCCUCCGGGGCUUCUUCGGACGGGAGGGCCUUCUGGGCGAGUUCGUUGCAGUGUACAAGAACUUGCCAGUGUGCAUCUUGUCGUUCUGGUGGAUCUUCGCUAGCGCCGUCAACGCGUCCCUCCUUAACUACGCCCCAGACCUCCUCACCGAGGUCUCCCCCGACGCCUUCUUCAACCAAUACGCUAUCAACAUCGUCCAUAUCCUAUCGGCCGUCGGCGCGCUUAUCGCCAUCAAGCUCGCCGCCCCGGUCGCGCGUAACGGCGGCUGGGCCUACUUCGGCGGAUCUCUAAUUAUCGGCGUCGUAGCGGUUGGGGCUCUGCUUAUUGAGAGCUUGGGGACCGCUUAUAUCAGCCUCAUCCUGACAGCUGGCAUCGCGCAGAUGCUCCUGUGCCUCGUCUUUGCGCAAUCCGCCACUCUAGUUCCCAACGGCCGGUUCGCGCUGCUCUUCGGGACCAAUGCCACGCUGGCGCUUCUGGUGCAAGGCGGGACGCAGCUCGCGCUGGACCGCAUGGGCUGGCACAUAGGCGCGCACUUCUUCGUGUUGGGCCUGGCCUCCAUCUGCGGUGCGCUGCUCUUCGGCCUGCUCUGGACGCUCUACCGCUGCUCCACCGGGAGAGUACACCUGGUCGACACCGACAGUCUUUCGGGCGACUACAACCUUAUUGGGUCGUCACAACCCGAUGCUCGAACCGCCCUGCCGAUCUACGAGAUCCAGGAUGAGUCCACGUGGAAGACGGAUGACGUGGACGACAUCGAUGACAAUGACGAGGGCAACGUGGAGAUGCUCGGACUCGUAGAAGGGAGGCCCCAAGUGGUAAAAGACGAGGGCUCCCUGAGCCGGAUCUAAUGUAUACAAAGUUGGUGCAUACGUCACACAUAACCUGGGAUAGUACGGCUAUUUAAUCAUCGGGCACGACAAUGCACCGAGCCAUGUUGGAUGGAGAUAGAGCGUCGGUCGUCUCGAGCGAAAGAUCAAAACGGUCAUGUGACCGGAUAGAGGCGUCUGGAAGGCGCCUGAAUCGAAAGGCGUUCCAAAGUGGAUGCGCGCUCGGAUAUGUGGUUUCGGUAGGGAGUUGAACGGCCAUAGAAAGUGUUUUAAAAUCAACAGGACUGUGUGGAAGUCUUGGAGCAGUGUCAGGACACUAAUCAUCAAAGGAGUCGUAAGCCAUCUUCUGAGGGC